CCGCCGUUCGGUUAUCCCCCACAUGCACACACGCGUUUCUAGCAACACGGCGGCACACCGACCACCGCCGCCGCAGCGUUUCGGUUUCACCGCGUCGCUAUCGUUCUCGUUAGUGCUGCCUGCGACUAGGACGUCGAUUCCGCGUUCGAGUUCGUGUAUCAGCUGCUGUUCUGUCCGGUUUGUGCCUCUCCGUCGCGCGCCGGUCGACCCUCGAACGCAAUCACGAUUGUCAUUACCGUGUCAUUCGAAUCGCCGUCGAAUUAUCACUCGUCGUUACCAAUUUGUAUUAUUGUUAUAUAUAUAUUUUUUUUUUUUUUUUUUUUUUUUUAUUAUCGUGCAAUAUCGACGAUCGUUUAGAUUUUCAAUCAAUACACGUAUAAUUAACCAUUGUUAUAAUAUUAUUAUUGUAUUAUUGUACUGUGCAGCCGGUAUACGUUUAACGUCCGUUCGAACGACCCGUCGUUGCCGAAUUGAAUUGUCGGCGUUUGAAGUUUUGAAAAAAAUUUUUUUUUUUUAUAAUAAACAUAUAGUACCCAUAUUUUUAUAUAUGUAAAAUAUAUAACCGUUCACCGCCGGUAAUUGAUUCGUCGUAAACGGGACAAACGGUAUUUAUAUAAAUUCAAAUUUUGUGUUGCGCAGGAUAGUGACGGGUGCAGAGCGAUACACACGUUGAAAACGACCGUUUUUUUUUUUUUUUCUACCGAGCUUUCGAAAAUCGCACGGAAUUCGUAUUUCGCGCCGCAUACCAUUGCACGCUCACACACACACACGUAUAUAUCUCUAUAUAUACACAGACAGAUACUCGGUGGCGGCAGCACCGAUAUCCGCGCACACGUAAGGACGUCGUCGGCAUGCGCCCGGAGGUAAGUGGGUCAGGAUCGUGGUUAUGAUAUAAGUAUAAUAAUAAUGGUGCAAUAAUGUUCCACUUUUUUUUUUCUCUCCGCAUUACCACCUAUUAUAUUAUUAUUUCACUUCGGCGUUUCGUUUUCUACGAUACGACACUGUGACUAUGAUACUAUAGUAUAAUAUCGUGUAUCCCCUCCGUCCCCUCCCCGCUCCGCUCAUUAAUCUCUCUCCCUCCCCUCCCCACUCUGUAGUAGUAGUAGUAAUAAAUAGUAAAAUAUCGGUUUUUACGUUUUUUUUUUUUUUUUUAUCUUCGCCGCACGGCCUAUAUUCGAAACGCAUUUUUAUUUUUAUUUAUUUAUUUUUGGAAAUUCCCACGUACAACUAUGCGCGCGCGGUCUGCCCGCGUUACCCGUUACUAUACGUCCCCGGGGCGCCGCGCUUCGCCCCCGUUACCGAAAUUUCGUCGCCGAUACACGUCGCGUCGUACAAUAAUAUCGUAUACACCCGAUACACGAUAAUACAUAAUAUAUGCCUAGUUCAGGGCCGUCCGAGUUGUAAUCUUGUACUUGACAUUAAUCAAACAAAUUUUUCGCGUGUAAAACCCCGUAAUCGUUUCUGUGUCGCAUGCGUGCGAGUGUGUGCGUCAGUGCGCGGGCGCGCGCCUGCGUUCCCGUGCGUGUGCGCGUCGCGGCGUCGUAUACGCGUCCGAGACACACGAGUGGUGGAUCGCGAUCUGGCGCGCGCGCGUGUGUGCGUGGGGCUCUGUAUUAUAUUAUGUGCGCGUGCGAACGUUCCACUUCCACUCCGGCGCCGACGGUUUACGGUGUUCUUACUACGCGGCGACGACGUCGGCGAAGUGCCGUUUAACCGAUUUUCGUUUUUCGCAUUCCGGUUUUUUCGUGGUUUUUCUUUUUCCCCGUCGUUUACUUCCACUCGCGUUCGCCGUCUGGUACUCGGUAAUACGCGCUCGUACAUUUCACAUCGUGUCGUCGAUGGCUGCCAAUAACGAUCGUCGUCGUCUCCCCCGUCGUCCGCGUCUCCCUCAUCACGGAACGGUAAGAGAAUAAGUGAAUAAGCCGUCAUAACAUAUUUCGGCUAGACGUCGUACCUUUAUUACGGAUGUAAUAUUAUAAAAUCGUAAUGAAAUUAUAGUAGAGCGGUCGGCAUCCGUGUGACGAUAUUGUUGUUGUUUCGAUCACGUUGUCACGUAUUACGUUUGUUGUUCGGUUCUUCCAUCGGUAUUCCUCCCGACGCCGAUAUUGUUGUAAUAGAAAAAAUGUACGCAAUAUGUACGACGAUAAUUCGCUUUAUCGUUGUUAUAUUACGCGCAAUAAACGGGUAGAGUGUACGGCGACGUAUUAUUAAUAAUAUUGUACCGCGCGUACCCACGAUAUUUCCGUAUCCCGAUUUCCGGACGCGCCGGGUACCUAAUUUAUAACGACCGUUAGGUACCGUAUUAUCAUCGGUUUAUACCGCAGCGACGCAUCACACCUGUUGUAGGCUACCGAUUAUUUCAGUAAUAGGGCGCUUAUGAAUUUAAUCGUUUAAGCGGAUACACUUAAUUAUAACAGUGCGUACGUUUUGGCGGUUUUUUUUUUUUUUUUUUAUUAUUAUUCGGUCGCACAAUAAUAACCCGCCUGUUGAAAAACGUCCCGUUUGUCGUGCGUUCCGGUAUACCUAUAUAAAUACCCAAUAACGUAAUAUUAUUUUAUUAUCUCGUCGAGUGGAUUCAACGCCGUCGUUUUCGUGUCGGGUUAAUUUCUAAUAAUUACAUAAGUUUCAAGUUUAAACGCACACAAAACGAGUGUUCAAGGUUGACACACUCACGGACGUUGGUUACAUUACUAGUUUUAAAAUAGUCUCGUAGCCCGACGUUAAUUGUUACACGUUUUAUUAUAUUCUGCCGUGGACACGCCGCCGCCGCCUAAUAAGUGAUUGUUUUUUUUUUUUUGUAAAUGUUUUUUCUCGUCGUAUGCUGGGAGGUUGUGUAUUGAUAUUGUAAUAUUAUUGUUAUUAGGCAGGUAUUGGAUUUUUUUUCGUUUUUCCUCUGGAACUAUUAUUUGUUUGAAGUCGUACGCUAGGACAUUUUUUUGGCUACCCGUGUACGCUGUACAUUAGACGUAUGAAACCAAUUAAAAUAUAAUACGAAACUAAUUACAAUAACGAGAAAGUUAAUAUUUCCUGAAGGUAAACACCUCUCUCCUUCUAUUUCUAAAAUUUGGUAUCCACUAUAUUGAAUUUUGUGAGCUAUAUAGGUAUCAUUAAUAUUUGUAUCGUUCAAAUUUAGGCGCUUACACCUAUAUUAAAAAAAUUGGAUUAAAUUGUUUUUUUGUUUUUUUUUUUUUUGUUUUAGGAAACUUUUAGGUACAUGUUUUUGAAAUUUACCUAUAUUGCCUGUAUCGUUAUUUUCAGAAUCGAACAGAAAAUUUGGAGUGGAAUGUGGUGUCGAAAAAAAAAAUGGGUCGCGCUCAGCUAAAUAAUAGGCUUUUGAAACCAUAUUACCUAAAAUAUAAAGUGAAAUUCGAUGAUUGUGUCAGAAACUCUUGACUCGAAAUAAAAUUUACAGCAUAUUUCAACAAGUGUUAACGAAGCCAGAAUCGCAACUGAGAAAACAAGUUUAAGCAUUUUUUAUACUUUUUUUCUAGGAGUUCCAAAUAAAUAAUUUACAAUUAUACACCUAAUACUCGAUUAAAUCUAUUUUUUGAAUUUCCAGGAAUUAGGAAGAAGCUUUUUUAAUUUAAAAUUUAAAUAUAAUUUGGGUUGAUAUCCAUUAUGGUUGAGAUUUUAUUUAUUCAUUUUGAUUCAAAAAUAUUUCAUUUCUUUUAAUUACCUAUUGUAUAAGUAUACUUAAAUUUUUUAAAAAUGGAUAGCUUUAACUUACGUAUACCUUUACUUGUAGCAAUGAACUUUAGCUGAUAUUAUUCUGAGAGUGGGUAAAUUACCUAAGAUGGAUGUAUUCUAUGAUGAACAAGGAUAUUACGAUCAUUACAUUUUUGUCAUCUACAAAUCGCAUAUAACUUAAAUAUGAUUAUUCAAGAUAAUUUUUGCUGAUAAAUUUGAAAAUUAGGUAAGAUUCAUAAUACCUCUGCACAUGGAUGUUAAAUAUUGCGUUUUCAACAAAUACAAAAUAGAUAUUUUACUAUCUUAUUGUGGGGUUUGAUAUAUUCUUAAACUGAGUAUAAUCUUAUCGCUAAUAACAACGUCAAAGUACCUAUAAAUAAAUUAAAUAUGUAGAACUUUUUUAAUUUAAUAUAAUUUAGGUACCUAUAUUUGCUAGGUUAUUUAAAAUGUAAUUUGUUUAUUUUUAACAAAGCCUUGAAAAUCUUUAUUAUUUACAUUAAUACCUAUAUAAUCAAUAUUAGAUAUUGUUUAAUAUCAUUUAUAUGUAUAUAAACCUAUAUACAUUAACCAUAUAAAUAUUAUAAUUGAAUGUAUAAUAUGAUUUGCUAUUAUGAUUGAAGUAGGUUAUAUAAUAAUUGUGUAUUAAUUAUAAUUUUUUGAAAUAUAACCUUUGUAAUCGUCUUAUACGUUCUAAACAUUUAAAUAAAAUUAUGUACCUAAAUAGUUGUAAUUUUAAUAAUUGUUUUUUUUUUUUUUUUUUUUGUUUACUUUUAUAUUGGUAAUUAUUUUUUAAAUAACCUUUUUAUGGUAAUGUUUCAGGUUGGAUUAUGACAAAGAAUUACACAUUUUGUAUACUGAUCCAUUGUAUAAAUAGUAAUUAGAAGUAUCUAGUAUCAUGAGAGUUAAUGUUGGUAUUGAAGAAUCGUAUAUAAAUAGUCAAAACAGUGCUUUCCAAAGAUAUAGAUCCACUAAAGCUCAAAUGCUCUCCAGUCAACGUAGCAGUUCAAUAAUGGAUAAUGAAUCAUUUAAGUUGCCAAGCGGUAGCUGGCCGAAUAGUACACCGCCAAAUAUUGAACUCAAAUUAACGGUAAGAAGAUUUAAUAAAUUUAUUAUUUAAAAUUUGUUAACUCUGUUGGUAAUAAUAAUAAUAAUAAAAAAAAAAACUACAGCAGAUUUUGUAUAUCAAUAUAAUUGUAUAGAUUAAUAAUUUUUAUAUUUGUACAAAUACUAAUAAAUAUAAUAAUAUAAUAUAUAUAAUUAUAUUAAUUGAGAUAUUUAUUGUAUAAAUUGGAAAAUGUAAUACAAUUAUUAUACUUAAAAAUUAUUAUAUAUGGACAUUUGGACUAAAUUAUGAUAUAAAAGACUCAUAUUGAAUAUUAUAAUCAAAAUCCACUAUACUACUCCCAUUACACUCUCUCUGAUGCGGAAAAACUAUAGGAAAUAUAGAUAAUUAUUGCAAUGAUCCAUUGAUAUUGUAUAAUAAUGUUGAAUGGGUGUACAAUGUGGAAUUGCACAAUAUUGGUAUCAUUUAAUUUGUUUAAAAAUUGAUAAGAACUUACCAGAGUUUAUAUUUGUAAUAUAAUAUGUAGAAACUAAAGAAAAUUAUAAUUGAUUGUAAUUUUAUAUACUCUAUUAAUUGUAUAUAUUUUUGUUUAAUAAUUUCAUAACUAAAAUUUAAUUUGUCUAUAAUGCAACAUUAUAAUAAGUUUAUUUCAAUUUUGAUAAAAAUGUUUUAUUUGUGUGAGAGGUAGCAUGUUUGUAAAAGUAAUAAUUUAAAAAAACUAAAUAACUUUGUAUUAUAAUAAUAGUUGCCUACGAUUUUGUUCUCGUUUUCACUAUUUUUAAAUGACUUACCAUCUUGCUUACCGUCUAUUGUAAAAUCUGGGAACUGGCUAAAAUUACUUUGGUUGUUAUUCACAGGAAGUUAUGGCUAUUUAUUUUUUAUUCAUAUUUAUAUUAACUCUAGAUGUCUUGAGCCCGCAUUGCACGUGUAUUGUAACAACCUAACCUAACCAAUCAGAAAUUAACCGAAAGUUAUAUUUCUUGUAUUUCAAAGACAAAGCGUUAUGUUUGAGAUGACCUUAAUCAGAGAAAUGUUGAGAUAAAAUAUAGCUUAGAUUACUUAGGGAUAGUAUACCUUUGAGAAAUAGCAUUCUAUAUUUUUAUAUUUACCCCCUUUUACACUUUUUAAUCCUUUUAGUUGUUGAAUUUUGGAAAAAUCUUUCUUAGUACUCUGUGAUAUCAUGGAACAGAAUUUCUUAAUAUAUCAAUAUUUAUAUAUAAUAAUAUUUUUGUGUAAAUUAUUAUUGUAUUCAAUUUCAAACUAUUUUCCCCGAAACAAUUUACAUAUACUUAUAUAUCUUUUGAAUAGCAUGUAUGCAAACAUUUAAAAUUUAGGUUUUUACAGUUUGGUAAGGAGAUAUUAUACUCAAUUAGGGCUCAAACCAUAAUAAUAAUUAAUAAUUAAACUAUAAUUAAGUAUAGGAAAAAAUAACAAAUCAGACUAAAAAAAAAUGUUUAAAGGAAAAUAUUUAAGUAGACAUAUACAUGAACAUUUUUUGUUAAAACCAUAUUUUUGCUACAAAAAUGACAUAUUUAAAAACAAUGGCUGGGUUUUAAAUUUUAUAAUUAUUCAAGUUAGUUAAUACCACCCCUAAAAGGAGUGUCAAAGAUUUUAAAAAAAUUAAAUUUUGUCAUCUCUGUUGUGUUAUUACCGCAUGGUUGUGCUAACCCUGUUUAAUAUGUUGGCUUUCAAUUGGCUAUUCCUAGGGGGAAAAAAAAAAUUCUCUAUUUCCUAUAGUUUUUUUGCCAAUGAAGGGAGGGUAAUGGAAGUAGGCAGCUGGUUUUUGAAUAUAACGUCUGAUAGAUAUCUACAGGUUAAUAUAAAUAAAUAAAUACAGAUAUGCCCAUGCCCUAUAAGACCUAAAUCUGGAGAAUUUAGUCUGGUUAGUAAAUAAGACUAAAUAUAAAGAUAUUAAUAAAAUAACUCAAUAUAUUUAAUAUUUAUAUUAUAUUCCAUGAAUAUUUGUUGUUUCUGAUUUCAUUUUGGAUUUGGUAUUAGUUUCUUUAAUGUACUAGAUAAGAAACUAUUAUUGAGAUAUGAUUUACAAAUUAUUUUUUAAUUGUACAUUCUUUGUGUGAGAUAGUAAACUUAUUAAAGAAAUUUGUUAGAAUAUUUUUAAUUAAUUUUAUUUAUUACUUAUAAUUGAGGUCUAGUUCUAAUUUAAUUUUCAUCAAACAAAACAUAAUUUGUGUGUAAUAAAUCUAAUAGGUGUAGUUUAAAUAUUUUCAAACAUUUUAUUAGUAAAUUUAAAUGGAUUGAAAUUGUUUUUUAUCUUUUAAUUUAUUUAAUAUAAUUUUUGUUACAGUAUAAAGGAACUUAUCUUAAGGAUACAUCUUCGUGGUCUGAUAUGCAAUACGAAGCAGAAGAUACAGUUUGUGAAACUAAAUAUUAUCCCCCAAAAAAGAGAUUUUUAGAAAAAGCCGAAAUGGUAAGAACUAGUUGAUAUAAUAAUUAAUAAGUUUUAUUUUAAAAUACCUUAUUAUAGAAUACAAGAAACUAAAUAUAAUGUAAGAGCAAUUUUAUACUUUUCAUCAUAAUUCAGUUAGUUGAUUUAACAUAAUAUUAUAUUUAAUGUUUAGUCUAUACACCUACUAUAGACUUUAAAAAUUACCUUUAAAACGUAAUAUGAUGUGUUGUAAAUUAUUCAUGUUCCGUUAUUAUACAGUUAAAAUAAUAACACAAUUAAGUCCACAAAAAGAAACUUACUUUUAUCCUAUCUAUUAUAUAUAACAAGCAAAGCUUGAAAGUAUUAGCAUUUACAUAUUCUUUUUGGUGAUACCUAGAAAAUUCUCAGUAAGACUCAAAUUUGUUUCAUACUUCACUGAUAUCAUAUACAACAUUUUUUCCCCUAUUUUUUCAUAUUUAGAAUUUAUAAUUAUUUUGCUAAUUUAGAGUUUUAAGUUUAUUUCUGUAUAAUAACGUAAAAAAAGGAAAUAAACAUUUAUUGUUCGAAAAAACAAAUUAACUUUGGUAAAGUAGAUGUGUAAUCUUUAAUAACAGCCUUUCACAAUUAAUAUGCUAACAAAAACUAACGUUUUUCAAUUAGUACAACUAAACUCAUUUGAAAAAGCAGUCUUAAUUAGUUAUUGUCCAUUACAUCACACAAUUCUGUUGAUUUCCAAUGAUUUGGUUAUUUUCAAAAUUGUUUUAACAGCAUCAUACUGCAAUAUAAUUAGAUUCAUCAUAUUAACUAUGUACUAUGGUGAUUAUUCACAAUGAUUUUAUUUUUUUUAUUUUGAUUUUACAUAUUUUUGAAUUUUUAUUGCUGUUUAUAGUGCUUAUUUUUGUGGUUUAAGGUUUUUAUAAGUUGGUUACUUUUACUUAGUUACUUAGGGUAUUCAACAGCAUGUGUUCAUUUAAUGGAUGUGUUAUAUUUAUUUAAAUAUUGGAUUCUAUAACUUUAUAGCCUAUAAUUUAUAUUUAAUAAGUACAUUAUCUUUUACUUUUAUUUAAAUAAUUUUAUUUUUAUUAAUUAUUUUAAUCAUAAUUUGAUCAGUAUUUUUUUUUAUUAAAAACAUAAUAUUUUUAAAACAAAUUAUUUGGAUUUUAGGAAGCAGAUCAGACAGAAUGUACAGUAGAAAGUAGUUUACCUACUAGGAUUCGAUCUCCAAAUGACAAUGAUUAUCUAAGCGUAUCUACUAAGUGUUUGAAAGAGACUAUUCUUCAGUGCCGUAAUGCCAUUGAGGCCGAUUCUACUAGGCCAAAUACUAAAGCAUCUGAGUUCCUACAUCGUACCUUUGGUGAUGUUGCCAAGAACAAUAAUGUAGACGCUGAGAAAAAUAUGAAUCUCUGUGUUCAAAAUGCUCAAGAUCAAAAGACUGAACCAUAUUAUCGGUCUGGGUACAAAAAAUUCACUUUAAGACGUAUUGAAGAAGACUCAAAUGAUUCAAAUGUAAUAGAAACUCCUCCAGUGAUUGAACAGGUACCUGAAACUAUAAGUGAACAAAUUGAAGUAAGUGAAGUAAAUGAAUCUAGAGGAAAAAGAAAUAGAGCUUGCAAAGGAGUUCGUUACCAACAGUUUAUGAAUGAUACAUUAUCAAAACGCCAAAAUAAAAAACUGUAAUUAUAUAUAAAAACGUUUUUAAUCUUGUUUAUCUUCCUAUUUUAUUUAUUAUUAUUAUUUUUUUUUUUUAGGGGACCAAAAAAAUUAUUGAGUACUACUGAGACUGUAGCAAAACGUCGUAAAGGUAAAAAAUGUGACAUAAAAGAAGAAAUGAAUCAAGUUACUGAAAUAAAUUCAUUACCAAAUCAAUCUCGUCGGGAAACUAGAAAUAGUGCAAAGGCAGCUGCACUGCUCAAACAAAAAGAAAGCUCUGAUGAAAUGGUUGAAGAUAAUAAAAGAAAAUUUGUGUAUGUUAUUUGUUUACACUGAAUACAUAAUUUGUAUAAUAUUGAAUUACAUGUAUAUAUUUUUUUAAAUUUAGUCCUGAUGUCAGUAAAGACCUUAAUUCUACUUCUAUUAUGGUACUUCCUAAAAAACGUUUCAGAACCAAGUAUGUACUAUUUUUGUUAUUUAUUUAAUUACCUAUGUAUUUAUUUUUAUUUAUUUUUAGUGAAAAUGAUAACCAAUGCAAAACUUCUGAAGAACCAAAAAGACUGCCUUCACCAUUAUCUUCAGAAACAAGUUCCAGUAGAUUAUCAAGUCCAGAAUCCAGUAGCAGUAACAGUUCUACUCAUGUACACUAUAAAAAACGUGUAUCACGAACAUUUGCCGAAAGUCAAAUUGGUUUAUUAAGUGAGUAUACUAGUUUGAAUUCAAUAUUCUAAUAUUUAUUGACUUUUGACUUUUAUAUUUAUUAGGUUCUACUUUGUCAAAUACUGAUGUAAACUUGCAAACAUUAGCUGAUGUUGCCUUGCGAGGUAUUCCAUUUUAAUCAUUAUGUAAGUUAUUUAUGCUUAUUAUUAUGUACUUUGAUUUAUUAAACCUGUAGAUUUUGAUUUUAGUACUAAAAAUGUGUAAAUGUAUUAUUAGUUUGUAUGAUUAGUACAGUGGUUUUUAAACUGGGUAUUUACUAGGUGUGCUGCGGUCUUUUCAAAUUUGUUUUCCUUACCAUUGUAACUGCCAGUUACGAUAAUCCGCUCAUUAAGUAUGAAGUCUUACCUCUUUUGAAUAUGACUCAUCAAUUUUGUACAAAAAAUUAAACAAUAAUAAAAAAAAAAGUCACAGUGUGCAGUGAAAAACAAAGUGUACCGCAGUCAAAUAAAGUUUGAAAACCACUGGAUUAGUAUUAGUAAUCUUUAAUUGGUAUAUAUUUUUCACUAUUUAUAGAAUUUCAUAACACUUAUUUUUAAAUUAAAAUUCCUAAUGUUAUCAUUAAUAGUAAUCUUAUUUGUAUAAAAAAUUGUACUUAUAAAAAUAUAUACAAACAAUUUAAAAAAAAUGGUUUUGAUACCGAAUUAUAUUGAUUAAUGUUAUUUCCAAAACUAUUUUUUUUAUAUAUAUAUUCAAUAUGUAUCAAAUCUAUUCAAAUACUAAAUGUAUUUGAAAAAAGGAAUAAUUGUAAGAAAUAAUUUAUUAAAAAAUACCACAACUAAAUUAAUUAAUUAAUAUUAUUUAUUAUUAAAAUAAUUUUUUUAUGUUUUGAUUUUCAGUUAAGUAUCCAACUACCAAUAUUAAUUGUUAUUAUAUGCAUAAUAUGCAUUAUGGUUCAGUAGCAGAUUGAUAUUUUAGCAAUACCAAUAUGUUGAUAAUAUAUUACCAAUUUAGUUAUUUGUUUGACACAUCUUUAUAUAUUUUUAUUUAAUUUAGAAUUUCUUACAAUUUAAUUUUAAUGUUGUAAUUUAUUGGACAUAAGUAUGCCAAAUAAAAAUGGAAAGUCCAUUUAUGUUACACUAAAAAUGUUAGUACAAUUUUCUUGUUUAUAUCAAUAAGUUAAAUGUAUGUUUUUCCUUACCUUUUUUUUUUUAACCAUUACCUACCUAUAUAAUAAUUUUUAAAUAUUGCUCAAAAAUAUGUUUGUGUAUAAAAACAGGGCAACUGUUAAACUUAUGUGUUACGUUUUAAAUGUUAAUAUGCUCAAAGUUUUAGUUAGUUCAUAGUUCAUUUCAUUAUUUUAUUAUUUAGUAAUAAUAGUAUCUAAAUUUGGCAGUAUCUUUUUAAAUCUGAUUUAUCAGAUUAUUAAUCUUAUUUAUCCCAUAUUAUUUUGUUAAGCUAAUUUAAGAUCUGUGUAAAUAAUAGAGGAUCAUUCAUUCCUAUUUUUAUUACUACAAAUAUGGUAUAAAUACACUUUUUUUUAUAAUAUUUUCUCAAAUUAACUUCUAAAAUAUUUUUUUUAAAUUUAAAUUUUCAACUAUUUACCAGCACCUAAAAGUUAAAAUUAAUAUCCACGUCUUAAUAUUGUUAAUGUGUGUAUUUUUUUGAUCUCGAAUUGUGUAUUCCAUUAAAUUUAUAAAUUAUUAGGCAUGUUUGACUAUCCAAAUUCUAAAUUAUUUUUAAAAAAAAUAACUCAGAAAACAAAUUUCCUUGGGAAAAAUGGUCACUGCCUUAAACUUCCUAAAUUUUAGACAUUUCAUAAAUAAUAAAAAAAAACUUAAUACUUAUAAAUUACUUAAAAUUUACUUUUUUAUUCCAAAAAUAAUAUUUUAUCUAUCUGAAAACCUGAUAUUCAACAUAAUUUCACUUUUCUUGGUAUUUUAAUCAUUUUUGUUAGUUAAAUCUACAUGAAUGUUUAGAAAUACCUCUACCAGACAUGUCAAUUAUAGAGUUACAAGUUCCUUUUUUUUUUUUCAACCAUUUGUUUAUUAGUUUUUAAUUAAUCUUGUGUAUGCAAAUUAAUGGAUAUUAGCAGUAUUUAUUUCUUGUUAAUAUAUAUUUUAAUUAAGUUAUUUGUACAUUUUGAUAAUUACAAUGUACAUACACUUUCUUGUGACUCUACAAUGUAUAAUUAAGAAUACAUAUGUAACUUAGGUAAAGUAAUACUAUUUGUUCUAUAGUAAGAAAUAAUAUCAUUGAUGUUUUUAUUAUGAAUUAUAAGUUAUAACUAUUUGCUUGUCUAUCAUUGAAAUUUCAUAAUUUGUAUUGUUCCCAAACUGAUUGUAAUAUUGUUAAACUGAAUGGACAAUUUGUACUGAUUAAGUUUGAAUAUAAUAAAAUUCCACCUGACUGUCACGGUGGUUUUUAUUACAAUAA